UUUCUUGACUUGCCUUCAAACUUGAACAAUUCACUAAUCGGCUUGUUUAUCGACUCUCGACGGAAAACGAUCAGCGCAGUGUUUUGUCUUCAAGGCAAAUGAGUAUAAACUUCUUUCAAUGGUUAUGAUUCGGCUAGCUGUUUGAUUUGUUGAUAACUCCGUUGUCGAGCUAUUGGAUUGUGUUUCACAUGGUUUGAAGGGUCAGGAUGAAGAUAAUUGCAUGAGGGAUAACCCUUUCUUUCAAAAGGCAUUUUGAAGAAGCUUUUCCUGUUCUUCUGCUUCCUAGGGCAAACAAUGAAACCAAUGUGGUUUUGGGCCUUCCUAGUAUGCGUGCUACUUAGUUUUGGGGAAACUGUAUCAGCAUCCACUUACUUGAUUGGCCUUGGAAGUUAUGACAUUACAGGACCAGCUGCAGAUGUGAAUAUGAUGGGAUAUGCAAAUACGGAACAAACUACUUCGGGACUUCACUUCAGGUUGCGAGCUCGUACAUUUAUUGUGGCAGAACCUCAAGGAAACCGUGUAGUAUUUGUGAAUCUUGAUGCCUGCAUGGGUACACAGCUCGUUAAGUUGAAAGUUCUUGAAAGGUUGAAAUCAAGGUACGGUGACUUGUAUGGUGAACAGAAUGUUGCUAUCAGUGGCACUCACACUCAUGCUGGGCCUGGUGGUUAUCUCCAAUAUGUGUUAUAUCUUGUAACAUCUCUUGGAUUUGUACGCCAAUCGUUUGAUGUCAUUGUUGAUGGGAUUGAAAAAAGCAUCAUAGAAGCUCACGACAAUCUUCGCACAGGGUCGAUUUUUAUAAAUAAAGGAGAGCUCUUGGAUGCUGGUGUUAACCGUAGCCCAAGUGCAUAUCUCAGCAAUCCAGUGACUGAGCGGAGUAAAUAUAAGUACAAUGUUGAUAAAGAAAUGACUCUUUUGAAAUUUGUAGAUGAUGAGUGGGGCCCAAUCGGUAGUUUCAAUUGGUUUGCAACACAUGGAACUUCUAUGAGCCGUACAAAUUCAUUGAUUAGUGGUGACAAUAAAGGAGCUGCUGCGCGAUUUAUGGAGGAUUUGUAUGAGAAAAACACUUCUGAGAAUGAACUUGGAAGUUCAAAUACUGAGAAAUUUGAAGCCAUCAGGAUCCCGCGAAGAGUUUCCAGCGUAAUUCCUAACCUUCAUGAAUACCGUAAAGAGUUGAUGGAACUUGCAUCGUCCUUCCAGUCUUCUCCUGGAAAAGCCACAACAAAAAUUUCAAGUGCUGCAAGAAGGGUCAGAAGUGCCCUUAGGCAAGCUGACAAGCCUCAAUUUGUAUCUGCAUUCUGUCAGUCAAAUGUUGGCGAUGUAAGCCCCAAUGUACUUGGUGCAUUUUGUUUAGACACGGGGGUGCCAUGUGAUUUCAAUCACAGUACCUGCAAUGGAAAAAACGAAUUGUGCUAUGGCCGCGGUCCAGGGUACCCUGACGAAUUUGAGAGUACACGUAUCAUAGGAGAAAGGCAAUUCAAAAAAGCUGUGCAACUUUUUAAUGCAGCAUCUGAGCAAUUAAAAGGGAAGGUUAGCUACAAACAUGAACAUGUAAACUUCUCUAACCUUGAGGUCACGAUCCCCAAGGAAGGAGGGGGUUAUGAAAAGGUGAAAACAUGUCCUGCUGCAAUGGGCUUUGCUUUUGCUGCAGGAACCACUGAUGGACCUGGAGCUUUUGAUUUCCAGCAAGGAGAUGACAAGGGAAAUGCCUUUUGGAGACUGGUGAGGGAUGUACUAAAAACCCCAACCGAGGAACAGGUCAAGUGUCAGCAUCCAAAGCCUAUUCUGCUUGAUACUGGUGAAAUGAAGGAGCCAUAUGAUUGGGCACCCUCGAUACUUCCAGUUCAAAUAUUGCGUGUGGGACAACUUGUCAUUGUCAGCGUACCUGGAGAGUUCACAACCAUGGCUGGUAGACGCCUCCGAGAAGCUGUUAAGAUGGUUCUGACUUCUGGACGCAAUGGUGAAUUCAACAGCAAUGUCCAUGUUGUUAUUGCAGGACUUACAAAUGCGUAUUCACAGUAUGUGACCACUUUUGAGGAGUAUCAGGUGCAGCGCUACGAGGGAGCAUCUACUCUCUAUGGUCCACACACACUCAAUGCCUACAUUCAGGAGUUCAGAAAACUAUCUAUGGCUCUUAUCAAUGGCCAAGCUGUCGAAGCUGGCCCACAACCCCCAGAUCUCCUUGACAAGCAAAUCAGCUUGCUUACACCAGUAGUUGUCGACACAACCCCCUUAGGUGUGAACUUCGGCGAUGUUAAAAUCGACGUCCCUUCAAAUUCCACAUUCAAGAGGGGAGACAUGGUUACAGUCACUUUCUGGACUGGUUGCCCAAGAAACGACCUCAUGACCGAGGGCACAUUCGCAUUGGUUGAAAUUCUCCAAGGAAAAGAGGAAUGGAUUCCAGAAUACGACGACGAUGACUUCUGUUUGCGUUUUAAGUGGUCAAGGCCUGCUAAACUAAGCCCCAUGAGCUAUGCAACUAUAGAAUGGAGAAUUCCGGCUCAUGCAGUUUCGGGUGUGUAUCGGAUAAGGCAUUUUGGUGCUUCUAAGGGUCUUCUUGGCUCGAUCCACCAUUUCACAGGUUCGUCUAGUGCCUUCGUAGUAGCAUAAGAAAUGCAGUAGUGAAUUCUUUUCCUUUUUCUUUUUGAACUUCUGUUGUGUUGAAAGUGAUGUUAGAUGACUAUGGUUUUAGCAUCAAAGGGGCAGUCUGAGUCAAGAAUGGUAUUGGGAAUGGAAAGGAAAAUAGUGCAAUGGAAAAGAGAACAAUAAUAUACCCUUGUUGGGCUGAAACACUACAUUUGUUAUGUCUGUAGACCAAAAAACUUAGACCCAUAAAACCAAUAAAUUAGAGGUAUUAUUGGUUA